UGCCAAAUCCUUGGGCACCAGUAGAAGAGCUUGGUUUCUGCAGCUCCUAGAUCUCAAGGUGGAAAAUGGCAACUUUAAAUGAAAAGAAGACCUGUAGCCAAAGAAUGGAAAAUUUCCAACGUUUUUUAUGGAAUCCAGACACAGGACAGUUAAUGGGAAGAACUUUGAUUAAUUGGGUAUGGAUUAGUCUUUACUAUGUUGCAUUCUAUGUGGUAAUGACUGGGCUAUUCUCACUUGCUAUCUAUUCUUUAAUGAGGACACUUAAUCCAUAUACACCGGAUUAUCAAGAUCAAUUAAAAUCACCAGGAGUGACAUUACGACCAGAUGUAUACGGAGAAAAAGGAUUGGAAAUUUAUUAUAAUAUUUCUCAGCAGUCCUCCUGGGAUGGUUAUAUUGCAACACUUCAGAACUUUCUUUCAGCAUACAAUGAAACUAUGCAACAAGGCAACAUCAACUGUACUCGUGAAAGUUAUUACUUCCAAACGACAUUUGAUGCUCCAAAUAAGGAAAAAUAUUCUUGCAAAUUUACAAAAGAUAUACUUGAAAACUGCUCUGGUGUGACGGAUCCCACUUUUGGUUUUCCUGAAGGAAGGCCAUGCUUAAUAAUAAAGAUGAACAGAAUUAUCAAUUUUCUCCCUGGCAAUGGCACUGCACCAAGAGUAAACUGCACAGCUCUGGAUGCCAGCCCACUUGAAGUGGCAUAUUAUCCUGCAAAUGGAACUUUUAGCCUUCACUACUUCCCUUACUAUGGACUUAAGGCACAGCCUAACUACACUAAUCCAUUGGUAGCAGUGAAACUUCUCAACAUUUCUUUAAACAAAGAACUACACAUAGUAUGCAGAGUUAUUGGCACUGGAAUUACUUCAGAUAACCCACAUGAUCCAUACGAAGGAAAAGUAGAAUUCAAAAUUCGGAUACAAAAUUAAGCAGGGUUCAUAAAAACUUUGCAUAGAGUAUUUAUGUAUCAUGUAAUUUUUUAUUGGUUAUUUGUAUGAUUUCAAUUUGAAUAAGUGUAUAGUUUAUAGCAAAAUUAGUCACAACUUUAAGAAUCAACUGUAUAAAGUUUCAGUAUCUAGUAUGCUUUAUUAGAAAUGUUAAUGUGAUUUUUCCACACCCUGAGAAUACUAAGUAUGUACCUGGUUUACUAUACAUUUGAUAAUGGAAUAUGAUUCCACUGGAGAUAUUUAAAGCUAUGCAAUAUGAAACUAUUUAUAUAUUGAAAAAAUAUUAAAUGUAAUAAAUUACUUGUGGAAUAAUCCAUACAAUAAAUUGGGCAGGAAGAAAAAUAUUGCUUUGCAUCUCAACAUAACAUAUCUCAAGAGGAAAAUAAUAACUAUUGUAUGAAAGAAACAUAUAAUGCAAAAGCUGGUAAAUCAAAUAUGGCUCCUGAGCCUCUUUCUUUCUUUGUGACCCUAGAAUCCCCAAAACAGUGUUGGUAAAUUUGGGCAGUAAACUGAACCUUGGAAGGAUGAUUUUCCCCAAUAUUGAUGGAAAGCAAAGCUAACUAAUUCACUUGAUAGUAUUAGCACACCUAGAAGAAGAAAACCAACAACCAUCCAAUGCCGUUAUGUCAGCAACUGUAACAACUUGGUAACCCAAAAACACAGACCCUAGAUGCAAAAAGGUUGCAUAACCCCGAUCUAAAGCUAUCUUAUGUACUGCUUUUUGACUACUGUCUAAUUUGUAUUAUAUUUGUAUUUUAAAAAUUGUCAAUUUUACAGAGGCCUCAGUGGAAACUUACUUUGAAUUUCAUGACUUAGCAUGUUUUAAAGUGGGCUUGAUGCAAUUGUGUGGGACAAGCUACUUAAAAGCAUCUAGAUUAUCUUAAUAUGAAGGCAUUUUAGUAUUUGAAACCUACCUGACAGACACACUUCUCUGUAUAUAUCAAGUACAUGUACUGAGCCAGAUCAUCUUCAUAAUGAAUCUUCAGCAAAUUCACCACCUGCAUGAAUUUGUAGGCCUUUUUUUGUUCCAAUAAUUUUAUUGAUAUUAUACAUGCUACAGCAGCCAGCAAUAAUUUAUCAUAGGAAAAAAAUGACAAAAAAUGGGUAGGUAAAGUGGAGACAGGGUGUAUGGGGAAUUAAAAAGAAAUUAUUGAAACCAGGUAAGUAUGAGAAAGAGAGGGAAUGGGGUAAUACCAGAACUGGUGCUAUGAUGGCAAAGCCCAGGACGUUGCAGCCACCUCUGACAUUCCUAUAUUGCUCCAUCAGUGAUAAAGCAAUCUGUAAUGAAGAUGUCCAUCAGAAUUCUGUUGCUGCAUCUGCCUCUUGCUUUUACACUAUGGGAAUAAUACCAACCUGCUGUAUCAGUGUAUAUCAGUAAAAUGUAAAAAAACA